AUCCUGAAGGUGCUCGUGACGGGGGCAGCUGGGAACAUUGCCUACUCUCUCUUCCACUACAUCGCUAACGGAGAUGCAUUCGGCAAGAACCAGCGGAUCUGCCUGGUUCUGCUGGAUGUCACGCCAGCGAUGGAGCUGCUCAGAGCAGUGGUGAUGGAGCUGCAGGACUGUGCCUUCGAUUUGCUUAGAGAAAUCGUUGCUACAGACAGAGAGAUCGCUUUCACGGAUCUGGACGUCGCCAUAUUAAUCGGCUCGAUCCCACAUCAUGCAGGCAUGUUGAAGAAGGACCUGCUGAAGUCUAAUGUGCGCAUAUUCAGAUCACAGGGACAAGCCUUAAACAAGUUCUCCAAAAAGACUGUGAAGGUCAUUGUGGUGGGUAACCCGGCCAAUACCAACUGCCUGGUGGCACUGAAAAAUGCUCCCACCAUUCCCCCGGAGAAUUUCAGCAGCCUGAACCGCUUGGGUCUAAACCGGGCCAAGUAUCAGAUCGCUGCGAGACUGAGCGUGGAGCCCAAGGACGUGCGGAACCUGAUCGUUUGGGGGAACCCCUCCCCCAAGUUGUACCCCGAUGUCAACCACGCCUAUUUCAUCCGCAAGUGCAAAAAGAUGUCCGUGACCGAUGGCGUAGGGGACAGUGACUGGCUGCAGGGAGAUUUCAUCAGAAUAAUACAAGAGCGCAACAAUACUAUUACCAAGGUCCGCAAGCUAUCGAGUGCCAUGUCAGCUGCCAAAGCAAUAAGUGACCACCUGAGGGAUUUGUGGGUCGGGACUCCGGAGGGCGAUUGGACUUCUAUGGGAGUCAUUUCGAAUGGAAAUUCCUACGGAGUUGCUGAGGAUCUGAUCUAUUCCUUCCCGGUUACUAUUCAGAACAAAACCUGGAAGCUGGUCCAAGAUCUGGCCAUCUCCGACUUCUCCAAGCAGAAGAUGAAGCUGUGCACCGAGGAGAUAGUGGACGAGAGAAACCAGGCCUUGACCUUCCUGUCUGAGAGCAAGCUGUGAUGCCUGCCUCCUUGUCAGAGCUGGGUAAUGGGGGCAGGAUCCAGCGAGUCAAUCCUACUACGCCUGAGGUGGAAAGAGCAGAACAGCCCGGAACGGGGGGAAGGAGGAGGCGAGAAGGGGACACAGUUUGCUUAAUGGGCCGUGCUCCGAGUUUCCGGUUUACAACGAAAGCUUAAAAGGUUUAAAGGGACCUGAUGGAGGAAGCCAAACUCGCUUACAACUAACCACAUCAGUCCCUCUUUCAACAUCCCCCUGUGGCUAAUGGUCCUGUUCCCCAUCUCUACCCCGCUCGCUUUCCUUUUGGAAAUCUUCUUGAAUGGACCUUUAGACUGUUACUUCCGUUGGUUAGUUUUCUUGGAGGUUUGAAAUCCUCGCCGUGUUCUUUUGCGACACUUUUGCCGUUCGCGUUCUUACCGUUUUUAAGGUCGCCCGUGUGGAUCCGAAGCCGAUGUUCGGAAGCUCAAGGUGGCUCAAGUGAGGGGAAGGUUGUCUGGCGGGAAGCAGACAGUGGAAGGAGCCCCAGGGGUUGAGGUGGAAGGGCUGCUUUGUGAACCGCUGCAACAUCCGCUGAAUAAAACCGACCGCUUAAAGCUGA